AUGACCAAUACUCAAUCAAUUAUGCCGCACCAUCAAACUCUAACAAUCGGACAAACGGUUUCAGUUCCAUCGUCCGUUACACUUAAUUCCUCAAACGAGUAUCAACAACGUAAUUCAUUAAUAACAAAUUCGAUUCAUUCUAUUGUACAAAAUAGUAAUAAUACGUCUUAUUCACAAAUAAUAUCUCGUCAAAUAAUGAAUUCAAACGAACCAACACCAUCUGAUAGUGGAAUAACAACUUCAUCUGCUUCACCUCCUUUACAACGUUGUCAUACACCUAUACGUCCUCAGCCGUGUAGUUCGGCAAGCAGCAUCUCAUCUCAGUCAUCUACAUUUUCAUCAUCUUCAUCCAAUUCUAGUCAUGUUGAUAUUCAAUAUCAAUCUUCUCACAUUAACGUUCAAUCACAAAUACAGACAAAUAAAGUCCGUCCAUUACGAUCAAUCGCAGAACAACAACAACAACCGACCACUUAUUAUAAUGGUAUUGUUAGCCAAGCUAACAGCACGACUACCAUUAUUGGGCAUCCACAAUUACCUCCUCCACCGUUUACAUCAAAAAUGCCAGCAUCCGCGAAUCAACAGCAAGCAAUAGCACCAAAAGCUCCUCCUGCUCCAAUUAGCACUCCUAUUGUCACAACAACUUCGACAGUUACAACAGGGUCACAACAAAGACUCAUAGCACCCAUUACUCCCUCUUCUCAAACAGAUAAAUCAAUUCCUAGCACUCGUCCUCCAUUAAUAUCACUUCCCCCGUUCAUUAUUCCAUUAGCAACCUCAGAUGACUGCUAUUUUGUACGUUACGACCGAGAUGUAAAUAGUUAUGACGGUAUGAAAUUUUCUUAUUUAAUUGAUGAUUUGACAUCAUAUAAUAAACAUAAACGAACAAUACGCUACGUCUCACUGAAUGAUUUGUGA